UUGCCGUCUGCACGGGCACUGGCGCUACUAGCAUCCGUCACCGCACCGCACCGUCAGUCAGUCUCACUCGCGUUGUUGAAGCUACGGCGCUCGUUUGCCACUAUAUCAUUGUUAACAUUACAAUACUUUUCACUUUUAUCAAUCUAAAUCCUAUAGAUUAUUAAAAUGGCCCAAGGUAAACCUGCGUUUGACUACCAUGAAGAGUCUCAAAGUGAGAAAUUGGCACGUAAAUCAAAGGAAUCUCCGUUUAUGGUUAUUGGUCUGGGCGGGCUGGCGGCGGCCGUGGGCGCGGGCGCGUACCAGUACAAACGGCGCGGCGCCAUGAGCACCAGCGUGUUCCUCAUGCAGUUCCGCGUGAUCGCGCAGGGCGCCGCCGUCGGCGCGCUCACCGCCGGCAUGGCCUACACGCUCUUCAGGAACCACUUCUUCAAGCCCAAGGAGGAUAUCAUCGCCACCAUCAAACCGAACGAACACUGAUGCUCACAUCAUCUUUGCAAAUCUGCUUGGCUGUUUUAGUUCAAUCCUUCCGCAAUCGUCAGCACAAUAGAGCUUGGCUGGCGUUCUCGCUGCACCCGCGUUUGUCUAUUUUACAAAGCGAAUGAUAUUUUAGGUAUAAAUAAUGUUGGUGCUCGAGGAAGUGAGAUUAGUGAGCAAGGCAAGAAUUGUGAUAUACUUUAUUUGUGUAGGUUUUAAACAUCCUAAUACACGCAGAAAGGUAAUACUUCUAUGCUGACCACCAGUACUGAACAAAUAGUACCACGGGUUAUUUAGGUAGGUACUUACUUAUUUUCUAAAUUACCUAUGUGUUACAUUUUAGUAAGUGCCGGUAUUUAUUACAAUUGUAAAAUAUAUUAUUGCCUUUAAGGAUUAAUAUAUGCUUUAAUGUAAAUACAUUUAUCUUAGCGCCAAAAUAUUAGGUAAUUUUAUUGUGAUGAUAAUGAGCGUGUGUGUUGUAAGGCGGAAUGUACCUUGUAAUUACAGUAGAGUUCAUAAAUACAUAUGUGUUCAUUUUUUCACCUUAUUGCAAAGAGCUAAGAUAAAUAAAUGUACACAUAAUUCUGAAUUCUACUGUAACUCCAUACUUUAGCUUGGGUUUAUAUUUAUAUGACUGAACCUAAAACGACAGUUCAAUUGCACGAUCUACUACUACUGAACAAUUGAGACAUAUUUUAUUAUUUAGUAAAGUAAAUUGGUUGGACAAUCACCUGUCGUUUUGUUUUGGUGUCUUUUACUGACGGUACCUACAGUGUCUCGUGUGACUCGUGUCUCCAUGCAUUUGAGCCAACAACUAUAAGAGAGGCGUUUGAAAUUUAAUUCUAAUUAAAUAAAUCAUAUUUUUGUUUUUCCUAAUAAAUAACUCUAAACAAUACGACAGUGUUUUCAAAAGAGAGGGUUGCCUUGCUUUGCCGUACCACAAGGGACAUCGCGAAGAUUCUUUAGGAUAUGCGGAGCGCGAGGUUGUAAAAUUCAAUAAUUCUGGAUACAAACUGCGUUGUUAAAUUAUUUAUUUAUUGUAUUAGUUACUCCUAAUAUGUGAUGAUGUUGAUGAGUGAUCACCGAUGAGAUGAUCCUAGCCUACGAAUAUCUAUUUAAGUAGGUCUGAUUCAGAGUUCGAAGAAAUUAUUUUUCUAUGCGUAUGUACGCCAUGGAAAACAAUAAAAUAAAAAUGUAUACUAUUGCACUAAUUCGAUUUCAACGACCUAUCUAGGCUGCUGGGUCUAACGACCUAUCAUCUGGGCUGGUAGUGGGUCUGGGUACCCUACCCGCCCAUGGGUCCCACAACACAAACCAUAUUGAGCUUACUGAUUUGGGGUCUGAUCCAUUAUUAAAUUUAUCAAUUAUUAUGUAUUUACUACAUAUUUCCUACAUCUGCGUAUUUUGUAAUAAAUUUAAUAACGGAGUUCGGCGAGUCUUCUUGUUAAUACAUGUUAAUAUGUGUUACUGCAUUAAAUUAUUGUGAAACAUC